AUGGCGGAGCAGCGGGCGCUCGCAGCCGCCAAGCAGGGGGACCUGGCCACCUUGGAGCGGCUGCUGGAGGACGGGGCCCUGGGUCGAGGCCCCACCGAUGCGCUGGGUGCCGGCCUGGUGCACCACGCCGCCCGAGCUGGCCACCUGGACUGCGUGAAACUCCUGGUGCAGCAGGCCCAGCUUCCUGGCAACCAGCGGGCCCACAAUGGGGCCACGCCAGCCCAUGAUGCUGCUGCCACUGGCCACCUGGCUGAGCUGUGCUGGCUUGUCCGUGAGGGAGGCUGUGACCUGCAGGACCAAGAUGCCUCAGGCGUCUCUCUGCUGCACCUGGCCGCCCGCUUUGGACACCCUGUGGUGGUGGAGUGGCUGCUUCAUGAGGGCCACCCGGCCACACUGGAGACGCUGGAGGGGGCCUUGCCCCUGCACCACGCCGCUGUCAGCGGGGACCUGACCUGCCUGAAGCUCCUGGUGGCCGCCCACAGCAGCGGCGUGAACCAGAGGACGCUCAGUGGCGCCUCGCCACUCUACCUGGCCUGCCAGGAAGGCCACCUGCACCUGGCACAGUUCCUGGUGAAGGACUGCGGCGCCGACGUGCACCUGCGUGCCCUGGACGGCAUGAGCGCGCUGCACGCCGCCGCAGCCCGCGGCCAUUACUCGCUCGUGGUCUGGCUGGUCACAUUCACCGACAUCGGCCUGACAGCGAGGGAUAACGAGGGGGCCACAGCCCUCCACUUUGCAGCCCGAGGCGGGCACACACCCAUUCUGGACCGGCUCCUGCUAAUGGGCGCCCCUAUUGUGAAAGACUCCUGGGGUGGGACCCCGCUCCACGACGCAGCUGAGAAUGGGCAGAUGGAGUGUUGCCAGACCCUGGUGUCCCACCAUGUGGACCCCUCCCUCCGGGAUGAAGACGGCUACACAGCAGCAGACCUGGCUGAGUACCACGGCCACCAGGACUGCGCCCAGUACCUGCGGGACAUGGCCCGGCCGGUGCCGCUGCUGAAGACUCCCCCGCCGCCACCUUUCCCCCCUCCCCCGCUGUCGGCCGCCAGGCACUCCCCGGAGGAGAGACGAAGAGAGGGCUCAGAGCUCAGGAGCCCCAGCCCAGUGCAUCUCAGCCCGACCUGGCCUGGCCAGCCUGACCCGCCUCCCCCCAGGGAGCAGACCUGCAGGGCCCCCCUGAGGGCCACCACCAGUGCCAUGGCUGUGCCCCCGGGGGCGGAGACGGCGGCAGACGGCCCGGACUGCUUGGCCGCGCUGCAGCUGGAAGGGCUGCGCUCGGGUGACCUGGACGGGCUGGUACCCACGCGGGACGAGCGCGGCCGGCCCAUCCCGGAGUGGAAGCGGCAGGUGAUGGUGCGGAAGCUGCAGGCGCGCCUCAGCGCCAAGGGGGCGCCUGAGGCCCAGGAGGAUGGCAGGAGCGAAGGCCCCCUGGAGCAGGCAGCCUGGCGGUACUCCCAGGCCCACCAGGCCAUCCUGGGCCCCUUUGGGGAGUUGCUGACCGAGGACGACCUGGUGUACCUGGAGAAGCAGAUUGCCAACCUGCAGCUGCGGCGCCGCUGCCAGGAGUACGAGAGCGAGCUGGGUCGGCUGGCGGCUGAGCUGCAGGCCCUGCUGCCCGAGCCCCUAGUCAGCAUCACCGUCAACAGCCACUUCCUGCCCUGGGAGCCGGGGCCAGAGGGCGAGGAGGCCGAGGCCCCAGCUGUGGUGCUGCCUGAGGGCAAGGUGGAGGUGGCGGAGGCGGCCGCCGUGCCAGGCGGGCAGCCCCUGCCCUUCUGGUGCAGCCACAUUGCCCGGCUGGUGCGCAGCAUGUCCCUGCUGCUUCGGGGCGUGAACGGGCUGGUGCGAGGCGAGGAGCAGCCAGCCGCUCAGCCCCCGGACGCAGCCCCCAGGGAGGCCCUGGCCAGCCCCCAGCACAGCACGGCCCAGCGCGAGAUCCAGGAGUGUGGGGUGUCCGUGCGGACGCUGCGUGGCAACUUCGAGUCCAGCCUGGCUGGCCCACCCUGUGCUCCAAACCCGGGGUCCUGUGAGCUGGGGGCCCGGCCCGGGCAGUGCCUGAGAGGCUGCUGGGUGGCCCCUCCGCAGCCCCACCGUGGCCCAGUGGGAGGGGAGCUUGGGCCGGGUGACACUGAGGAGGCCAGCGACUCGGGCAUCAGCUGUGAGGAGGCCCCGUCAGAGGCGGGCAUGGCGCCAGGCCUGGACCUGGCCAACCUGCGCAAGGAACGCAUCGUCAUGCUGUUCCUCAGCCACUGGAAGAAGUCAGCCUACACACCCGCCCUCAAGACCGCUGCCUGCAGGACCCUGGAGGCCCACCGCGCCCAGGGCCCCCGGCCGCCCUCCCCCCCACCCAGCGAGGGCCCGCGCCUCAGCCACCUGUGGCAGCAGCACAGCAUCAUCGCCCACCUGCUGGGCAACUGGAAGGCCAUCCUGGCUCGCGUGCCCGCCCGGCGGCUGCGGCGGCUGAGCCGGCGGCCACACGGCCUGCUGUCACCCGAGCAGUUCCUGCCACACGUGGACGGGGUGCCGGUGCCCUACGGCAGCCUCACACUGGACCUCUUCAUGCUGGGCUACUUCCAGCUCCUGGAGUGCGAUCUGCCGCCUGAGGAGCGCAAGAUGCGCCACCUGCUGUGCUUCGAGGUCUUUGAGCACCUGGACGCCCACGGCUGGGAGGCUGUGCGGGCCUUCCACAGGGCUGUGACCGACGAGGUGGCUGCCGGCCGCCGCGCCUGGACCGACGGCUUCGAGGACAUCAAAGCCCGUUUCUUCGGCCCCUGCCGGGGCCCCACCUGGGACACAGAGCCUGGCCGCAAGUCAGGCCUCACCACACUCAGGCCACUGCCCCCCGCUGUGGCGCCCAGCAGUGGCCCCGAUCCUGAAGUCCAGGGUCCAGGUGCCCGGCGGGGCAGCUUCAGCAAUGAAGACAUCUGUGGCUACAUCGGCAGGAGCUUCGCCUUCUGGAAGGAGAAGGAGGCCGAGAUGUUCAACUUCGGAGAGUGA